CCCGCUUUCUCCCGCUAUGCCCCUGGCUUCCGCUGACCCCUCUCGCUCCUGGGCUGGCUCCGGUCUGGCCGCCAGCCGAGCAGGGAUCAUGGCUGCCUCGAAGCCCGUGGAGGCCGCUGCGGGCGGGGGCUCGGCCGGCGGAGGGCAGGGCUCGGGGCUGCCGCGCUGGCAGCUGGCCCUGGCGGUGGGGGCGCCGCUGCUGCUGGGGGCCGGGGCGCUGUACCUGUGGGGCCGGCGGAGGCGGGCGACGCGAGGCGGGGGCAAAGGCGCCAGCGAGAGGAAGACGCCCGAGGGCAGAGCCAGCCCGGGGCCCGCCGAUGGCUCGGGGGGCGGCCAGCCUGACGGCCCCGGCGGGGACGAAAUGAGUCCUCUUGAUAGAGCCCAAGCAGCAAAGAACCAAGGCAACAAGUAUUUUAAGGCUGGGAAAUAUGAACAAGCCAUUCUGUGCUAUACUGAAGCCAUCAGUUUAUGUCCAGCUGAAAAAAAUGCUGACCUUUCCACCUUCUACCAGAACAGAGCUGCAGCCUAUGAACAACUGCAAAAAUGGAAAGAGGUGGCACAAGACUGUACAAAGGCUGUUGAGCUUAAUCCCAAAUAUGUGAAAGCUCUCUUCAGACGUGCAAAGGCACAUGAGAAAUUAGACAAUAAAAAAGAAUGUUUAGAAGAUGUCACUGCAGUCUGCAUUUUAGAAGGGUUUCAAAAUCAGCAAAGUAUGCUGCUAGCAGAUAAAGUUCUUAAACUUCUUGGGAAAGAAAAAGCCAAAGAAAAAUAUAAGAACAGGGAGCCUCUGAUGCCUUCACCACAGUUUAUCAAAUCUUACUUCAGCUCUUUCACAGAUGACAUUAUCUCUCAGCCUCUUCUUCGGGGGGAGAAGUCUGAUGAGGACAAAGAUAAAGAAGGAGAGGCCUCUGUAGUAAAAGAAAACUGUGGCUAUUUAAAGGCAAAGAAAUAUAUGGAAGAAGAAAACUAUGACAAAAUUAUUAGUGAAUGUACUAAAGAAAUCGAGGCUAAAGGAAAAUAUAUGGCUGAAGCCUUGUUGUUGCGAGCUACGUUCUAUCUGCUGAUUGGUAAUGCAAAUGCUGCCAAACCAGAUCUGAAUCAGGUCAUUGAUAUGGACAAUGCCAAUGUAAAGCUUCGUGCUAAUGCCCUAAUCAAGCGAGGCAGUAUGUAUAUGCAACAGCAACAGCCUAUGCUCUCGACUCAAGAUUUUAAUAUGGCUGCGGACAUUGAUCCUCAGAAUGCAGAUGUUUAUCAUCACAGGGGGCAGCUGAAAAUCUUGCUUGACCAAGUUGAAGAAGCUGUAGAUGAUUUUGAUGAAUGUAUCCGUUUGCGGCCAGAUUCUGCCUUGGCACAAGCACAGAAAUGCUUUGCGCUGUAUCGACAAGCUUACACUGGAAAUAAUGCUUUACAAGUACAAGCAGCUAUGAAAGGCUUUGAGGAUGUUAUUAAAAAAUUUCCAAAAUGUGCUGAAGGCUAUGCACUCUAUGCCCAGGCCUUAACAGAUCAACAACAGUUUGGAAAAGCUGAUGAAAUGUAUGAUAAAUGUAUUGAUCUUGAGCCAGAUAAUGCUACUACUUACGUUCAUAAAGGUUUACUUCAACUUCAGUGGAAACAGGAUUUAGAUAAAGGUUUGGAACUUAUAAGCAAGGCCAUUGAAAUUGAUAAUAAAUGUGACUUUGCAUAUGAGACGAUGGGGACGAUUGAAGUGCAAAGAGGCAAUCUGGAUAAAGCCAUUGAAAUGUUCAACAAAGCUAUUAACUUGGCCAAAUCUGAGAUGGAGAUGGCUCACCUCUACUCGCUCUGUGAUGCUGCCUAUGCCCAGACAGAAGUUGCAAAGAAAUACGGAUUGAAACCACCAACAUUGUAAAGAAACAAUGAGGGAGGGAAAUAAUCUUUUUAAAAGUAAUGCUGCCCACUUCGACCUUGCCCUAAAGACACUGUUGCAGUGUGUUGAAUGGUGAUUUUUUUUCCUGUUUGUGAUGGUGUAGUUAUCUGUUAAAUGUUUAGGUAUUGUGGGAGUGGCUGUUCAAGAAAGGAAGCAGUUUGUUCCCUCUGCAGCAAACAAUUGUUGAAAGGAGAUUAAAAAAAACAAGAGUUUGCAAGGGAUCAAAGAUGAUUUGGCCAUGCAAAUAAAAACCUUUUUGACUCAUGUUUUGAGGGUGGCUGUUGUGAAUGAAUGAUUCUAUCUAUAAGGGUGAUUUUUAAAAAUUAAUAGUAUUGUUUAAAUUUUUUAUGCCACGAAUCCCUUUGGGUUAAUUUUAGCUUUGCAAAAAGAGAGUUGCAGAAGAGUUUAAUAGUAGGAUUUUUAAGACAAAUAAUAGAUGCAGCAUAAUCUUUCAGUAUAUGUCUUGUAUCCCCAUCACAUUUUCUGUUUCAUGUAAGAAGAUAGUGGCAGCUACAGAGAUGUUAAGUACUUAGUAUGCUGUUCUAUUGGAGGAUUUGGGUAACUGUUUCAAAAGACUCUUAUAACAUAAGCCUGCUUCUCUCAUUAAUUGGCAUUUCCAAUUUAUUUGACUCUAGUUUACCUGUGUCUUGAAAGAGCUGAAUUAUUAAGUAAAAUUCCACUGUGUAGGCAGUACCUAAAGUGAUUGCAGAGAGUUCAGGCUUAGUAUGUAUUUGUAGAUUUGCUACCUGCAUGCGGAAACAAGUGUUUUGAACCCUUUGGGGGAUAAGUUUUAGUUGAAAUGGUCUAGCAUUUAGAAACUGUAGCAGCUACUACUUGUACAAGAAAUAAUCCUUUCUGUUACUGAUUUUACAAAGUAUCCAUUUGUAGCAUUCUUAUCCUUUAAUAGGAAGUCUUGCUUACCAUUGCUAAAUGUUUGAGAAUUUGGGAAACUACAUACGCAGGUCUCAGUUGCCCUUUUCUUACAUGCUACUAAAAUCAAUCCAAAACUGUAGUAAUGCUAUCAUAUUUUAAGGGGAAUUCAUUGUGUGGUGCAGAUAUAUAAAUUCUCCUUCAUGUUGAUACAGUACAUCUGUUAGUUUACACUGUGAGUCCCCCCCACCCCCUUAAGAGAGUAAUGAAGAUUGGGGAUUCAGGAAAACUUAACCUUCAGUGUGUGAACAGCUGCUUCAGAUCUUCUAGAAAUAAUGUGACUAAGUGGAGAUCUUUUCAUCCAUUAUUUAACAGAAAUAGGUCUUUCUGGAUCCUUUUGUUCUCCCUUCCCAAAAGGGGUUUUUAUUUGCGUGGCUUUAUCUACAUUGAUACUUUUCUCUCCUGAAGACAAUUAAGCAUGUAUUGUCUGAUACUAGCAUUCCAAAUCAUCACAGACUGUUGCCUGUUCAGAUAUUUGAAACUGCACUGAAAGAAUGCUUGUUUGUUAUUUUUCUUUUGUAAAUGACUUACACAUGUAAAGUCGUUAAAUAAAUACUACAUUCAGAUCUCGCUGA